CUUUUUUUUUUUUUUUUUCCUAGUUGUGGUUUGGCUUCAAUGGCCACUCUUUCCUGGAAGACAUGUUUCUGUCUUUCUCUCCUCCUUCCUCUUAUAUAAUCCCCCCUCCUUUCUUCAUAUUUCAACCAUCCCUCCUUGCUUACAUAGCUCUCUAUCUUCCACCGUUCACUUGCAUAAACAAUCUCUCUCUUCUUCCGAUUAGCUUACAAAAAGUUUAUUUAAUUCGAUCCUCUUUAUUGUUUGUUUUGCUAACAAUGGCGUUAGAUCAGGCAGUUGAAUUCGAGGACUACUUUCCAUCGAUGAUGGAGGGAUUGGGAGCUGAAGGAUUUAUUAUGGAAUUAUGUAAUGGGUUUCGCUUGCUAAUGGAUGGCGAGAAGGGAUUGAUUACGUUUGAAAGCUUGAAGAGAAACAGUAUUUUGUUGGGGUUGCAGGACAUGAGGGAUGAUGAGCUUGUGUGCAUGUUGAUGGAAGGUGAUUUGGAUGGAGAUGGAGCUAUAAAUCAGAUGGAGUUUUGCAUUCUUAUGUUUAGACUGAGUCCAGGGAUGAUGGUUGGACCCACACAAUGGAUGGAUUAUGAAUUUGAUGUAAAUGAAAUGUCGUAGCCAUAUCUUAAUUAACUAUGUUCCUUCCUGUUAUUUAUUUUCCUGUUUAAGCAAUUAAUGUUUCUCAUGUAAUCUUAGUGUAAUGCCAUGCUAUGAAAAUAAUUGGACUUGCAGUUUUUAAAGAUUUAUGACCUAAUGUAGUUAACAAGCUGUGAAACUAUAUACUUAUAGCAUCAUCUUCUGAAGUAUCAGAUGAAUGUCUUUAU